CUCAAGUGUCCUUCAGACGCUGCAAUCCUUCUGCUUCGGUGCACCGUUCAAAUGAGUCACUUCUAGAAGCAUUGUCUUCGCUUUCUAUACACGCUUGCCUGAUUUCUAAUUUGAGACGAAAAAAUGGGCUCGGAAUUAUUCCAUGGAUCAAGAAAUAAACAGGAGGGAUUCUUGGUGAAACUGUACGUUUUCACCUUGGCAACUUUACCAACAGUCUUUUGGUCUUCAGUAUUGUGUACAGUGGAAGAUACACUCAACUACAAUGGCUUGGAUGAUAACACCGUGUGUCCUAAUAUCAGGAUUGGACAAGAUGAUUUGCCAGGAUUUGAUCUCAUUACCCAAUUCCAAUUGGAUACCAUUCCGCUACGGGGUGUAAAAAGAGUGGAGGGAUCAACACCACUUCAGAUUGCCUUCAGACUCGACAGAGAGGCCAACUUUGAAAUUCCAACAAGACUAAUCUACCCACGAGGGCUGCCCGAAGAGUAUUCAUUUGUCACCACGUUCCGGAUGGUAAAAAACACGGUUAAUAAAGUGUGGAACUUGUGGCAGAUUCUGGAUGAAAACGGUUACAAGCAAGUAGGCCUGAGGCUGAAUGGCAACACCCAGUCCUUGGAGUUUUAUUUAGUCGGCUUGGAUAGCAACCUGCAGUCAGUUGUUUUUCGAGGGAUUUCACAGAUCUUUGAUACUGACUGGCAUAAGAUCCUGGUGGGCGUGGAGAGGGACACUGUCAGCCUAUUUGUGGACUGCCAUAGAGUAGCGUCCCAGCCUAUUAAACCAAAGGGUAACGUCAAUGUGGAGGGCAAUACUCUGAUAGGCCGACUGGAUGCAAACCACAAAGUGUCUGUGGUGUUUGAGCUGCAGUGGAUGCUGAUUCAUUGUGAUCCACAACGUGCACAUCGAGAGGCCUGCACAGAGUUAUCCAUACAACAGAGAAUUAUUCCUAAUUCCGAGCCUGAUUUUGCAUUCAGGGGCCCAAGACCUGAUUUUGGAAAAGUAGGACUACCAGGUCCUGCUGGUCCACCAGGAUUGCCAGGUCCACCUGGAUCACCAGGUUCUUUAGGAUCUCCAGGGGUUGCGGGACCCCCUGGGCGGGAUGGAAAAACUGGACUUGAUGGACAAGCAGGCCCUCCUGGUAAACCAGGCCUUCCCGGCCAGAAAGGAGAGCGUGGUGAUGUUGGAUUAACAGGACAACCAGGAAAGCCAGGCCUUCCUGGAAUAAAUGGAAGACCAGGACCAAUUGGACCAAUGGGUCCUGAAGGUCGCGUGGGCCCUCCUGGCAUGCCUGGUCCAGAAGGUCCACCAGGACCUGCAAAACCUGGAACUCCGGGACCACCUGGUGAGAUUGGACUCACUGGAGAACCUGGCCUUCCAGGAAAGCCUGGGGAUCCUGGACCAAAAGGAGCACCUGGCACACCUGGACCUCCAGGUCCACAGGGCCCGCCUGGUACACCAGGGACAGAUGGAAUUGGAGAUGUUGUGUGUAAAAUGUCCUGUCCUGCAGGCCCUCCUGGGCCACCUGGGCUUCUAGGGUUUAAGGGCCACAAAGGUCAAAAAGGUACCCCUGGGGAUGCUGGGAAGGAAGGUGCAAAGGGGAUUCGUGGUUUCCCUGGGCCACAAGGUAUUACAGGUGCUCCUGGACCUGAGGGUUCCCGAGGACCAAGAGGCUUCCCAGGUGCAUCUGGUGAAAAAGGAAGCAAAGGAGUUCCAGGAUUCAAUGGCCAGCCAGGGCCUCCAGGACCACAAGGGCCUACUGGACCAGAAGGCCCAAGAGGUGGAAGUGGAGAACCAGGCAUCAAAGGUGCAAAAGGUCCAGAGGGGCCUCGGGGACCAUAUGGUGCUCCUGGACCUAAAGGCGAACGUGGUAUAACUGGUCAUCCUGGACGGGAUGGGAAUCCUGGACCAGAAGGUCAAAAGGGAGAUGCAGGAAUACCGGGUCGAAUGGGGGAAACUGGGGCUCCAGGUCUACCUGGAUUACAUGGAUCACCGGGCCAGAAAGGACAUAUUGGGCAAAAGGGUGACCCUGGUGCGAUAGGAGAAUUGGGACCUCCUGGGACCCCAGGAGAACCUGGUGAUCCAGGAACCCCAGGACAAAGGGGACCACAAGGAAACCAAGGCCUUCCUGGCAGCACUGGAGAACAAGGACCCAUUGGACCCCCUGGUUUACCGGGCCCUCUUGGGUCAAAGGGUGACAGUGGUCGCCCAGGACUCCAGGGUCCUCUCGGUUUUCCUGGAGGAAGAGGAGACAAGGGUUCAACUGGUGUUCCUGGUCUCAAAGGAAAUCCGGGAAAACCAGGUCUGAAUGGCGAACGUGGAGAAAAAGGGGAGCAAGGCAUUCCUGGUGUUCAAGGCAAGAAAGGAGAGCCUGGAACACCCGGUGAAACUGGUCCACUUGGGCCUCAAGGGCCUAGUGGUCGUCCUGGAUUUCAGGGACCUUCAGGUGCAGUUGGUGCUCGAGGAUUAGAAGGAGAACGAGGGGCUCCCGGGCUUCCUGGGUCUCCAGGUAAAGAUGGCAAAGAUGCAAGUGACCAUCGAAUCAGAGAGGUGUGCAUGAGCAUGAUUCAAGAGCAAAUAUCAGAACUGGCUGCAAGCCUAAGACAACCCAUAAUGUCUGGGAAACAAGGGCGACCUGGACCACCAGGACCACCAGGACCAGCUGGGCCUCCAGGAUCUGCAGGACACCCAGGUGUAAUCGGUCCACAAGGUGCCAAAGGUCACCAAGGUUACCCUGGUGAACCAGGAACCAAAGGUGUACCAGGUGAAAAGGGUGAGAAGGGAGAAGAAGGAAUAGGACUACGUGGACCACCAGGACCUCAAGGAAUGCCUGGUGUUGCUGGCUUGCCCGGUAUUGGUAAGGAUGGACGGGAUGGUGCCCGUGGUGAACAUGGCCUGCCCGGUGAACCAGGACCUCCUGGCAUACCUGGGCUCAGAGGCUUUCCUGGUAUCUGUGAUGCAUCUGCCUGCAUUUCUCCACCUCACCUCUUCAUGGGAAUGGGCAGUGGGAAGAAAUCUAUAAAUGUGAAAGGACCGUCAAAAUAACAGCAAGAAAAUGCAGAAAUUACAAGCAGUUACCGAUUGGUCUACAAUUAUAAUUUGUGUCGAGGGUUCAAUUGAAUCUCAAGUAAUUUAAAAGAAUGUCUUCAUUUUGGUACCCAGAAUCUCAAACUGUUCGAUACCAGUGAGCUUCAUUUUUUCAAAUGUUUUGCUGUGAUUGAGAAGUGCCUGUCUGUGUAUUUGGAAACGUAAUCACCGGACGAAGCUUGAAAUUACCAGACAAAACAUAAGAAUUCAGGACAAUGUGUCCACCAAACAAAACCUAUUUUAUUGGCAGACAGAUCUGGAUCGCAGAUGUUUAAAGUGACUGUUCUUCAUCAAGUGGUGAUUCUGCCUAAUUCUUUCUGACUGUAAAACACUACUGAACUCAGUGGUAAAAUCUCUUUCUGACGAAUCCCAAAUGAAUGCAAGCUUUUCUCCAGAAUUAAUGACCUGAAAUUUUCUGGAAGCUCACGUCUCACAUUCAUGCUGAGAAAUAACAUUUUGUAAGUGAUGGUAAUGAUCAGUUGGAACAUAAAGGUCUUUCCUUCUGCAUAGUCGUAGGUUAUUGCAUUGACUGAAAAUAAUUAUGACAACGAGACAUUCUCCUAUUUUUUAUUCAAAGGAAAUUUCGUCUCUUACUACGCUAUUAAAUCUGAGGAUCUCUGCAUUGAAGUAUCACUUCUUGAAUUAUGAAGUGCUCUUGCAUUUUUCCAUAAUAAUCAAGUGGAGUCAUUAGUAAUAACUGAGUUGUAUUUUCUUUGGUGUCCUAAUAAUGCUCCAUUCUUUGCAAGAAAUAUAAGCUACUCCACAGAUUUUGUUUCAUUUUAUUUUCUUCUUUUAAAAUAAAUGAGAA